AUGAGCAACUCAUCCUUGUCAGGAACUCUGGCUGACCAUACUCCCACUCGCAAGAUAUACACCAACAUAUAUCCUCCAAAGUCCAUGUUUAAGCCCAAUGGUGAAUCCACUCAAGCUAUGUUUCCUUCAAACGAAAUCAAUACGUCCAAAUACACUCUGUUGUCCUUUCUACCUCAUAACUUGAGAUUUGCCAACAUCUUCUUUUUAACACUUGCUAUUCUGCAGUUCUUUCCUACUUAUCAAUCAAUCAAUCCCUGGGUUGCUGCUCUUCCACUUAUUCUAAUCAUCACUGCCACCUGCAUUAAAGAUGCUUUUGAAGAUUAUCGUCGGCAUGGCUCGGAUUUAGCAGUCAAUACUCAAACUACUCUUAAACUCUCCAGUUGGAAAAAUCUCAACAAACCAUUCAUGAAGCCACGGUCUACAACUGCGUCCAUCAUUACUUCCAAAUUAAAUCAAAUUGGGUGGAUUUUGGGUAUUCAUAGACCUCGCAGUGCAGAAGAUUCUCGUCCCAAACAUGGUCAGAUUGAACCUGACACGAGUUUAAAUGAUGCAAACCACUAUGCAUCAUCCGUAUCUUCUCCAAUUGAACAGCCCUCUCCAGUUCGCAAACCAGACGAUCCUGAACUUUCAAAAGAGUGGCGAUAUGUUCAAUGGAAAGAUAUCAAAGUCGGCGAUCUGAUUCGACUACAAAACAACGAGCACAUUCCUGCAGACCUUAUUAUUCUGGCAUCAUCAGAGCCCGAAGGUCUGUGCUACAUUGAAACUAAAAAUCUAGACGGUGAAACCAACCUCAAAAUUAGAAAAGUAGUGAGUGAUACUCUUUCCAUAACAACUCCAAAUUGUCUUCGACAAUUUCAAUGUACAAUAGAAUGCGAAAAACCACAUCCAAGCAUUUACUUAUUUACGGGUACGUUGCUUCGUCAUAGAGCAACAUCUCAAAUUGAUCAAAACUCUGCUAAUGUUUCGCGUAUUCCAAUCAAUAUCAACUCGAUGCUUUUACGUGGUUGUGUUUUAAGAAACACAGAGUGGGUGUAUGGCAUUGUGGUUUAUACUGGUGUUGAAUCGAAAAUUAGACUGAAUUCAGGUGAUACGCCUAUAAAGCGAUCACUGAUUGAGGAUCAGACCAAUUUUUACAUGCAAGUAGCUUUCUUGGUACUGUUUUUAGCUCUCAUGGUAAUUCUGUCAAUUAUUUCGGCUGUUAUGGGAUACGUGCUGGAAAAAGCGGAUCAAGUGAAUCAAGCUCCAUGGCUUACAAACACAUUUUCAAGUGAUACCAUUGGGGUUUCAGAUGCAGUUGCCAUGUUUUGGGUUGCAAUCAUUUUGUUUCAAAACCUUGUUCCAAUCUCACUUUACAUUACCGUGGAAAUUGUCAAAUCGCUUCAGUCAUUUCUUAUAUACGAAGAUAUCGAACUCUAUGAUGAGACGUGCAAUGAGCCAUGCAUUCCACGAAGUUGGAAUCUGGCAGACGAUCUCGGCCAAAUAGAGUACAUAUUCAGCGACAAAACUGGCACCUUGACACGUAAUAUUAUGGAGUUCAAGCGAUGCUCAGUCAACAGCGUAAUCUACGGUCAUGAAACACAAAUUACCUCGAUUGAAGCUAUAUCCGACGAAUCUUUCAACACAAGCCAGAUUCCUAGCGACCAGCCCUUUGUUUACCAAGACUCUAAACCAUUUUCGGUAGUUCAGCUUGAGAAGGAUUUUUGCACUUUUCCCAAAGACUCUGUGCAUUAUAAAACCAUGUUUGAGUUUUUUAGUUGUCUGUCACUCUGCCACACUGUAUUGGUGUCAUCCAAUGCCGACACGGGAGAUAUUAUAUACAAGGCACAGAGUCCUGACGAGGCAGCUCUUGUCGAUGCAGCCAAAUCAGCUGGGUUUGUAUUUCAAUCUCGAGAAAAUACGACCGUGGGUGUUGUGAUGCUCGGAAAUCUGGAAACGUUUACUAUUCUCAAUAUCUUGGAAUUUACAUCGUCGAGAAAGCGCAUGAGUAUGAUUUUGAGGCGACGCAAUGGGGAAAUUGUGCUGUAUUGUAAAGGUGCAGAUUCAGUGAUUUUUGAACGACUGGCUGAAGAUCAGGAUGAGUUGAAAACCAAGACCAUGCAUGAUUUGGAACAUUUUGCUGGAGAAGGGUUAAGAACCCUUUGCUUGGCAUACGCUAUUUUAAGCGAAGCGGAAUAUGCAGCCUGGGAAAGAAGUUAUCAUUUGGCGUCCGUGUCGCUUGAAAAUCGGGAAGACUGCAUCGAAGAAGCUUCUAAUUUAAUUGAGCAAAACCUUUACCUUCUUGGUGCAACUGCCAUCGAAGACAAACUCCAAGAGGGAGUGCCUAAAUGCAUUCAAGUUUUUCUUGAAGCUGGUAUCAAAAUCAUUGUUCUCACGGGCGACAAGCUUGAAACUGCAAUCAACAUUGGAUAUUCGUGCAAUCUUUUAACAAAAGACAUGAGUCUGAUUGUUAUUCGCGGAGGAAAUAACAAGGAUGAUGAAGGCUCCACUUUGCAGCAGAUGCAAGAAGCCAUCAAGAGAUUCUUUGGCGAUGAAAAAGUCACCAUCGGAGGUGGGCAGACCAAAAGCAGUAAACAGCGAUUCGGUCUUGUGAUUGACGGCAGAGCGUUGUUUCAUGCUCUGGACGAUCACGCAAAAGAUACACUGGUGGAUCUGAUUGUCCGGUGUGAUGCAGUCAUUUGCUGUCGUGUCAGUCCACUUCAAAAAGCAAAGGUGGUUCAGCUGAUUAAAAGUACUCAAGAUUCCAUGUGUUUAGCUAUUGGCGAUGGUGCCAACGAUGUUGGCAUGAUUCAGGCUGCACAUGUUGGUGUGGGCAUUUCCGGUCAAGAAGGGCUACAAGCUGCCAUGGCAGCCGACUUUGUCAUUUCGCAGUUUCGGUUUCUUGAACGACUAUUGCUUGUUCAUGGACGUUGGUGCUACGUUCGCACAGGAUCAAUGAUUCUCAACUUUUUCUUUAAAAACAUCAUUUACACGCAAGUAGUAUGCCUUUUUGCUAUUUAUUCCAAACAGUCUGCGCAGCCUGUAUACGAUGUCGUCUAUAUGAUUUUAUCAAACGUUCUUUUUACAGCAGUUCCUGUCGGAAUUCUUGGUGCUUUUGACAAGGAUGUUUCUGCAGAAAUGGCGCAAAAAUUUCCACCACUCUACAAUAUAGGCAUAAUGCGAGUUGUGUUAACCCAUACGCAAGUGCUCAUCUACGUUGCUGAAGCAGUUUAUCAAGGAGUAGUGAUUUUCUUUGUUCAAUAUCUGGCUCUUCGAGAUGUGGCAAUUCAUGCAAAUGGACGUCCCGAAGACGCAUUAUACUUUUCCAUUUCGGUAGCAAUUUGCUGCCUCACCAUGACCAAUUUCUUUAUUGCCUUUUCAACACAUUUGUGGACGUGGAUUGUAUUUGCAGCUAUUCUAGGCACCAACACCAUUAUAUUUGUUUUUCUUGUGGUUUAUAUGGAAUUGCCAGCAUCACCAUGGCCUCACUAUGAAUCAAUUCUUUAUACUUCAUCAACGUUUUGGCUUUCAUUUAUACUGACAAUCACAUUGUGCAGUUUGCCAAAGUUUGCCUAUUUGUCUUUUUCGCGACUGAUUACACCAACCGAUACUGCUAUUGCGCAAGAGCAUGAGAAACAGCUUCAGAAACAACAUGGUACAGUAUGGCCAUCCCACGAAAUCAGAGAGCAGCCCCAUCAAUAUCCACCCGUACCUCAGAUACCACAAUCAAGAAAACGGAUAAGUAUGGCUUCAACUUCCUCACUUGCACGAUCAAGAUCCAGUGCAACCGAUCACAUUCGAAAUAGAAGACGGUCCAAACUGACUCCACUCCAUAUCAACCUGCAACUACAAGAAGACGACUUUUUCUAUGCAAAUGGUGUCGAAGAAAGAGGUAUACCGCAACUUACUACUUUAGAUGCUACAUCGGUGGUCAAGGAACAUGGGUUUGGAUUCGCUCAUUCCCCUGGUGCUAGAUCGAGUAUUUUGCCUAGGUUAUCGCUAAAUCAUGAAGCCAGUGAAUCAUGA